GACAAGCUGAUGACAUUAUCAUCACACAAACAGCACACAUCAACAGAGAUCAGCGAAGAGGACCCACUAUAGUGACAGAUGCUGGUCUGGGCAUCUCACCUUGCCAGGCACACCCAAGUAGUGGCAGGGCUGCAGAGAGGCUCACAAUACAGCAUAGCAUCUCUCUGUGGCAGGUUGUCAUUGAUGAAACAGUUGAGAAUGGCAGCCACCAAGGUGAUCAUCGACACAGAUCCUGGAACAGACGAUGCUCUGGCAAUCUUCAUGGCCCUAGAGGCUCAUCGGCGGGGUUGCCUCAAGGUGCUAGCCAUCACCACCGUGCAAGGCAAUGCUUCUCUCCACAACGUCAAUAACAAUAUCUUCAGGAUCCUGCGCCUUGCCAACAUGCUGGAGGUACCAGUGUACAGUGGUGCCAGCCAGUCCCUGGUGCAUCCCUACAUCCAUGGUGACGAACCCUUCCAUGGUAAAGAUGGCUUUGGGGAAGCAGUCCUGCCCCCUCAGCCCCCUGCCUCCACCUUCUUGCAAUCCUGCUCUGCUACCUUGGCCUUGCUGGAUCUGGUCAAGCAGCACUCAGGUGAGGUGGUUCUGGUGGGACUGGGACCACUGACCAACGUGGCACUGGCACUUCACCUUGACCCAGCCUUCACCUCCCAUCUGGCUGCUUUUUACGUGAUGGGAGGAAACACGUCAGGUAAGGGCAACGUCACCUCAUCAGCGGAGUUUAAUUUCCACUGUGAUCCUGAUGCAGCCUUUGUGGUGUUAUCAAAGACCAGCAUCCCAAUCCACCUCAACACUUGGGACAGCAGCUUAAAUUGUGGCUCCAUUCCCUAUUCUGUGCGAGAUGAGUUGGGACAGACUAAAACUGCUGUUGCUGACCUAAUGAACAAAAUUGAGGCUCAGCAGAGGGUCAAGAGAAAGAAUGCUUCUAAGCCUUGGGUGACCUGUGACCAGCUGACAAUGGCCUGGGUUAUUGAUGAUGCCAAGGAGAAGAAAUUGAAGUCUGAAUGCUCAGGAGAAAAUGUUUUUCUCCUUUUAACAGAUCUAAAGUUGAUGGGUUUUCUUGCACAGAAAAUGGAGCCAAUGGUCACUGCAACAAGAACCUGCUAUGCUACAGUGGAAACAACACAUGGAUUGACAAGUGGCCAGAUGGUAGUGGAUAAUGAUAACCUGCUAGGCAAGCAACCCAAUGUGAUCCUUUUGGAAGAUAUUAAUGACGACAUCUACGUGAAGUACCUCUCGAUGGCAUUUGGAGCAGAUGUCUGAUGCUUCAUGGUUACAUCCAGAUACAGACUAAGAGGGGGAAUGCCCACCUGGUACAACACUUGAGGGCAAAUGAUGAUACCAAAACAAUAAUCCAGGAAUACUGAACGUGGCAUUAGCAAAAUGCAUCAAUUGAGAAAGAAAGAUUUGGAAGACUGCAUAUCCUUCUCAGUAAAUCAGAUAAAAGGUUUGGGUACAUACUAGUGACCUUCCUGUUAAACCUAAAUGAAGGAAGAACCUGACCUGAGGAUAUGGUAAAGAAACAAAGGCAGCAUAACACAAUGACUUAACUGCCAAUUGAGAGAGGAAAGGAUGUCCUCACUCCUUGCUAUGUCCACCAGGGAGUGCUGCUCUAUCAAGGUCAUAUAUUGGUGUUACCAAAAGCUCACCACUCAGUCCUUCCCUUCCUUGUCGGAGUGCACGGACCAGCCAUACACCACGCGGUCGAAUCCUGCUGUGAAGAGGUUGCAGCGUGCUCCCAGUGAGUCGUCUCCCCAGGCCACACUGCACACCAUCCGUCGGUGACACUGGGACCAAAAUAACAUUAAGAUUAGAGGUACGCCACUUGGUUUUUAGUCUGUUGGUAAAUGUAGGUACAGGCAACCCCCGUUUAACGAAGGUUCA